GGGUGCGGUAGCGGCGGGGGCGGUGUGUACAGCGCUGAGCAGGGAGAGGAGACAUGUUUGUUCAGAGAACCGUCAGAAUUUGUUUAUCUGCUGCCAGAAAUGGACAAGUUGUGUCUGCAGGACGAUCCAGACUACAGCACAGCCAGGCUCCCACGCAUGUGGACGGUUCCCAUCCUGCCCGUCAAGAGACGUCCAACGCCAAGAACCUGAUGGAUAUCGGGACGCGGCGCAUCUUCACUGAGGACCAUGACCUCUUCAGACAGAACGUACGCCGCUUCUUCCAGGAGGAGGUGGUGCCCCACCACAAGGAGUGGGAGAAGGCCGGUCAGGUGAGCAGGGAAGUGUGGGAGAAGGCCGGAGUGCAAGGCCUGCUGGGAGUUUUCACUCCGGAGGAGCACGGCGGCAUUGGGGGAGACCUGAUGUCUGCUGCCAUCGUUUGGGAAGAACAGAUGUACUCCAACUGCUCUGGUCCAGGCUUUGCGCUGCACUCAGAAAUCGUCAUGCCUUACAUCAGCAACUACGGCACCACAGAACAGAUCCAGCACUUCAUCCCCCGCAUGGCCGCCGGGAAAUGCAUCGGUGCCAUCGCCAUGACAGAACCGGGAGCGGGCAGUGACCUCCAAGGUGUAAGGACAUAUGCCAAGAAAGACGGCAGUGACUGGAUUCUUAACGGCAACAAGGUUUUUAUCACCAACGGCUGGAUGAGCGACCUGGUCAUCGUGGUGACCGUGACCAACCGGGAGGCGAAGGCGGCAGCUCACGGCAUCAGUCUGUUCCUGGUGGAGGACGGCAUGAAAGGCUUCCACAAAGGACGCAAGCUGGAGAAAAUUGGCCUGAAGGCACAGGACACGGCAGAGCUGUUCUUCGAGGACGUGCGUCUGCCGGCCAAUGCUCUGCUGGGAGAGGUCAACAAGGGCUUUUACUACCUCAUGAAUGAGCUGCCGCAGGAGCGUCUGCUGAUCGCCGACAUGGCCAUCGCCAGCUGUGAGUUCAUGUUUGAGGAGACCAGGAGCUACGUGUUGCAGCGGAAGGCGUUCGGAAAAACCAUUGCUAACCUGCAGACGGUGCAACACAAACUAGCGGAGCUGAAGACGGACAUCUGUGUUGGCCGGGCCUUCGUGGACAGCUGUCUGCAGCUCCACGCCAGCAAACGGCUGGACUCCUCCACUGCCUCCAUGGCCAAGUUCUGGGCAUCGGACCUCCAGAACAAGGUGGCCACCCAGUGUCUGCAGCUCCACGGAGGCUGGGGAUACAUGUGGGAAUACCCCAUCGCCAAGGCGUUCGUUGACUCUCGUAUCCAGCCCAUUUACGGAGGCACCAACGAGAUCAUGAAGGAGCUGAUCGCUCGCAGCAUCAUCAGCCAGAAAUAAGAGGUGGAUCUUUAUUCACAGUGGAGGGUUGACCUGGGGGGGGGGGGGGGGGGGGCAUCUGGUUUUCCCUCAGGUCCCCAUUUAGUCUUCUCACAUUGAUCUGGAAAGUCUGAAAAUACAUUGGAACACAAGUUCGAACAUUUCCAGGUCUUGAGAAUGAGAGAAUCCCUGGGGGAAAAGUGGGAAAAUGUCAGACAUUUCUUACACACGUGAAUGAUUGUUGUGCAGCAAACGCCGGGUGUGUGGGUGUGCUGGGUUGAUAUUACUUCUGUAUGAAAUAACUGUUAGUGCUUCAUGUCUUCAGGCAUGCUGAAUAAUUCAGGUAAGAAACUCACAGAAAGGUGAAUCGGUUCAUCUGGACACAAGGUUUAUUGAGAGAAUCGUUUCAUCAUCAUUUAAGUGACCUCUUCAGUCUCACCUGACUGCAGGUGUCCCCACCCUUAUAAACAAUACAGUGACUGCAGGUGUCCCCACCCUUAUUAACAAUACAGUGACUGCAGGUGUCCCCACCCUUAUAAACAAUACGGUGACUGCAGGUGUCCCCACCCUUAUAAACAAUAGAGUGACUGCAGGUACCCCUAACCCUUAUAAACAAUACAGUGACUGCAGGUACCCCUAACCCUUAUAAACAAUACAGUGACUGCAGGUACCCCCACCCUUAUAAACAAUACAGUGACUGCACGUGUCCCCACCCUUAUAAACAAUACAGUGACUGCAGCUACCCCCACCCUUAUAAACAAUACAGUGACUGUGUAGCGAAUUCGGGAGGCAACCACAGGAACUGCCGUGGCCGGGGCACGAACCCAUAUCGCCCGCACAUAGAGUAUGUCACUAAUACAUAGAGUAUGUCACUAAUACAUAGAGUAUGUCACUAAUACAUAGAGUGCAUAAUAAAUAAACGUUGUGUCCAGAUGAACUGAUCCAACUUUCUGUCUACUAGCGCUGAGGCAGGGAAUUGGAUCUUACUGCCGUCAUAACCUCAGAGUCAAUACAGCUGGCUGAAAAUGUAUUUCUGUUUUUAAACUUCAGCGAAAUCCAUGAAAAAUUGUACUUGGCACUAAUGGUGUAUUUUUAGGUGCGAAGCAACUCAUAAACCUGAAGAGAAACUGAAAAACUCAAAUCACAGUCACUAAUCUGUUAGAGCGAUCCAUGUAAGCAGGACUCUGAAGUUAAAAUGAGCUUAGCAUGUCUUGAAAAUGAAAACAAAAAGAAGAAAAACAUUUAGCGAUUUUAAGAAUGUAAAAAUAAACACAGCGUUCAGCUCUUUUCAGUCCUCCCCGGACGGAUCGUACCAUUUUUCCUCAGUUGUUGGCUGCCAGCAGUACUUCAGUGAAAUGUGCCUUGAUUUUCAUCGUAUUUACUGAACAUAUCUAGAAGCAGUCUUGAGCAGAUCCAUUCAGUAAUGGCAUCUUUUGACACUGUGUCCUUGUUGUAAUUUCACACUCGGUGGUAAUAUGUAUGUUCUGUAUAUGAAGUUGCUGAAGACGUGCGUGUGUCAGAUUUGUUGGUCAAAUCCAUUCGCCUUUUUCUUUUUGUAGUUCAGCAUUGAAUGUGUUUUUCAUUCUCCUGCUAAUUAUCAAGACCGUCCAUUUGAACACACAGAUCACUGUGCUGGCCAAACAUUACAUGUGUCUCGGUUUGCCUAACUUUUGCUAUAGGCACUAUGUCACCAGUAAAUAUUCCUAGACCUCUUUUAGAUUCCAUUUCAGUCUUUUGUGAUGUUUAUUUCUUCUCUGUAGAGAAUAAAGAAGUUAUAAUAUUUGAAGUUAUAAGUUGGUUAGCGCUGGUUAGCGCUGUCGCCUGACAGCAAGAAGGUCCUGGGUUCGAACCCCGGGGUUGUCCAACCUUGGGAGUCAUCCCAGGUCGUCCUCAGUGUGGAGUUUGCAUGUUCUCCCCGUGCCUACGGUGGGUUUUCUCCGGGUGCUCCGGUUUCCCCCACCAUCAAAAAGACAUGCAUGUUAGGGUUAAUACUCCUGUCUGUGUCCCUGACCGAGGCAUGGCAAGAAGAACUGAGUUAGUCCCCGGGUGCUGCAUGGCGGCUGCCCACUGCUCCUAGCUACACAGCUAGGAUGGGUUAAUGCAGAGCAUAAUUUCUCCACGGGGAUCAAUAAAGUAUAUCAAAAUAAAAAAAAAAGGCUGUGUUCAUGGCUGCUUCUUUUUUAUUUUUUAUUUGGGGGGAUGCAGUUUUCAGUUUCUGCCAGGAGGGGGCAGUGAAAGCAAACAAAGCGGAAGUAUAAAAUGACGUUAUUCACAAAGUGAACGUUGUGACGGUGUGUAGUGGAAUAACUAAUAACUACAUAGAUAAAGAGAAAACUCAACAGAAAGUGUGCAGAAAAUCAGAAACAGACAUCCAGACAUGAAAGAAGAGAAAUGAAAAGUAGAAGAAGUUGCAUUCAUGCCUUCAAAUAAAUUUUUCAUAUUUGAUUUGGUAUUUAUUUUCAUUUCACAUUUACUUAUUUAGCAGAUGCGGUUUUUUCAAAGCUAUUAAUAAGUCAAUAAUUGACAUAAAUCCAUGAGUCAGUGUACGUACUUACAAUUUAGAGUACUAAACAGCCAUGAUGAAAGUAUGCAAGUAAGAAUACUUCAUUACAGCACUUCAGGAUCUUUUGGACGUAUCUGUACUUUACUAGACUGUUUACAUUUUUUGGUGACUUGUACUUAACUAUUUUCUAAAU